GAGAAAAAGGCGACCGAGGAUUGGACGGUCCACCUGGAGCACUGGGCCCUCAGGGAGAAUCAGGUACAUGCCCUGCCUCCUGCGACAGCUACCAGGGUCCCCCGGGUCCACAAGGGCCCCCUGGACCAGCUGGGGCCCGGGGCCUUCCUGGGGUCAAGGGAAUUAUGGGAACCAAAGGAAUGAAGGGAAUGAAGGGUGACGAAGGUAGGCGCGGCGACCCCGGGAUGGACGGCCACAAGGGCGAUCAAGGUGAGCAGGGGAUGUGCGAGUGCGCAGACGGGGCCAACGGCGCUGAUGGGACACCGGGAAGAGACGGCACUAAAGGGGACAAAGGGGACAUUGGUGUCCAGGGUGUGCAGGGCCCCAUGGGACUAAAAGGCGACCAGGGCCCCAUAGGCCUGAUGGGGGUGCCUGGGCCCUGCUCCCCGGCCAUCCAAUCAGCAUUCUCCGCAUGUAUCACCGAGUCCUUUCCUCGUUCAAACUGGCCCGUUGCCUUCCCAAGAGUCCUCACAAACCGGCAGGGGCACUUCAACCCCGACAUGGGCAUCUACACGGCGCCCUUCAACGGCACCUACGUCUUCUCCUUCUACUUGGCGGUCGCCCACAGGAUUCUUAAGGUCGGCAUGUUCCUCGAGCACAACCCCGUAGUGAUAGCGACAGAAACGUCCCACCUUUCCACCACCAGCCAGAGCGUCGUCCUGCACCUCACCGAGGGCCAGCGGGUGUGGCUGCAGGUGAAGAGCAACACCACCAACGGCGUGUACACCGACUACGAGAGCACCGGCUCGUUCUCCGGAUAUCUGCUGUACCCCGACUCCUGUGAUCUGCCCUUUUUCCGAGAUUAUUCCCCCUCUCCAUCAAUGAAUCCAGAUUACCCGUGGCCCACCAAAGCCCCUCCGUCAUAG